AUCACCGAGAGACUACCAAAAUGGGAAGAUAGGGGCUGGAUAGGCGUGAAGAUAGCAACGCACGUCAAAGCACUGGUAAACGGAAUACGACAGAGAUGUGCACCGACGACAAUCAAGCAAGCGACGUCGGAACAAGAUAGGAAUACAAUCAGAGUAGCCGAGACCGAGGCUGUAAGGGAGAGGACGACACAGUUCCACAUAACCCAGACCCCGUCACUGGAGAUGAACGAGCAGUUCGACCUAUCAGGUGCGAAACUGAGUACUCUGAAGCAAUCGACCGCGUACAAAGGCAUAAGAGAACAAACACACAAACUGAGCAGAAGGACAACGGAGAACAAUGUCGAAACAAUACGAGACCGAAGACAAACACUCACCGGAAGCAGACCGACUGAUGCAGAGAUAUGGAAAGGAACGAGACACAAAGACUUUAGACGAGUAACGUCAGACUUUAUCUGGAAAAUAAUGCAUGGAGCGAUAAGGGUCGGAGAGUACUGGGAGAACAUACCUGGCUAUGAGCAACGAGCAACAUGUAACGUCUGCGGGACAACCGAGACAGUACAGCACAUCCUAUUCGAAUGCCAAGCAAACGGACAGAAGGAGAUAUGGGAACACGUCAGA